GCUCGCGCCGCCAACUCCCUGUCCUUGAAGGUUCCAGCGAACACGGUCCCUUCUAUUUGCGAAGUAUUACGAUACUAUUCUGAGGGAGGAACGACAUCUGCGAUCCCCACUUACAGCCGCCGAACUGAGGCCAAUCGCGAUGCAGUUCGAAGUGCUAGCCAAGUGCCACACAACUCGCGCGAGAGUCUCCAGAAUGCGUCUCGCACAUGGUGUCACGAUGUUGCCGACGUUCAUGCCUGUAGCAACACAAGCGGCGAUCAAAGGGCUCACUCCUCAGCAAGUUGAAGCCCUAGGAGUGAACCUGAUCCUGAACAAUACAUAUCAUCUGAAUUUACGUCCAGGGAUCGAAGUGCUCAAAGAAGCCGGUGGCGCGCACAAAUUCCAGGGAUGGAAUCAUAACCUUCUCACGGACAGUGGAGGCUUCCAACUGGUCUCCUUAAGCAAGUUUACCAAGAUCAUGGAGGAGGGAGCCUUAUUCGCCAGUCCCUUUGACGGUGAACCUACCAUGUUAACCCCAGAGGAAAGUAUCUCGAUACAGCACGCUAUCGGUGCCGAUAUCAUCAUGCAGUUGGAUGACGUAGUCUCGAGUUUAACCGUCGGACCUCGCGUAGAGGAAGCCAUGUGGAGAACGGUUCGCUGGCUAGACCGAUGUAUAAACUUCCACCAAAAAUCAGGAAGAGAUGACGUGCAAAAUCUCUUCGCAAUUGUUCAAGGCGGCCUGGAGCCCGAUCUUCGAGACAAAUGUUUAGAUGAAAUGAUUACUCGCAAGGAUAGGGUUGCUGGCUACGCUAUCGGUGGUCUGAGUGGCGGAGAAGAGAAAGAUAUCUUCUGGAGAGUGAUCAAGCAAUGUGCUGAUAGCUUGCCAGAAGAUCGGCCACGCUAUUCAAUGGGUAUCGGUUUCGCAGAAGAUCUUCUCGUCUGCGUCGCACUUGGGGUGGACAUGGCAGACUGCGUCUUUCCCACUCGGACCGCACGUUUUGGGGUGGCGCUGACGCGUAAUGGCCCAUUGAACCUGAGGUUGGGCAAACAUGCAACGGACAUGCGACCGAUCGAGGAAGGCUGCCCCUGCCCAACCUGUUCAAGCGGUACGACAAGAGCGCUGCUUAACCAUACUGCGACUCUAGAGACGGCCGCUGCCCACGCUAUUACGCAGCAUAACCUUGUUUUCCAGGCGCGAGUCAUGGGUGGUGCGCGGGAGGCGAUCAUGAGCGGAACAUUCCCGCAGUAUCUGAAGGACUUCUUCUCAAACUAUUUUGGUGAUGCCGGCUACCCGGAAUGGUGCGUCAACGCACUGAAGAGCGUCGGGGUGGACCUCCUUGAGGGCCGGCCGGAUACCAAAGUCAUUCCCGGCGAUGGAGCGAAAUGGGAGUACUCCGAUGCGGCAUGA